AUGACAUAUACCCCUCGGUUCAUACUCAACUUUCUAACAUGCCUGAUACUCCCCCUUCUCGCUUCAGCUGGAGAUCCAGAGGUGACGGUCACUCGAAUAGAGAACCUACCCAACCGAUUGUUCUACUUCGAUGAUACUCCAGUCGUCCUCUUCCAUGAUCCGGUACGACUCGCAGUCAUGCGAUCGCCUGACGAGGGUAAAACCUGGUCACCGAUCAGCGGUCCUCAAGAAGGUGAAGCGGUCCGCCUUAUCGAUCAUCCUCAUAACAACGAGAUGGCUUUCAUAAUUGGAAGGGAUACAACUCACUGGGUCACCUACAACCAAGGAGACAGUUGGCAGUCUUUCGAAACACCUCGAGAAGCAAGUCUUGGUGCUUCGAUGCUAUCGUUCCAUGCGGAGCAAGAUGGCUGGAUCCUUUUCCAAGGACGUGCAUGCGAAGAUACUGGUCUAGGUAAAUGGGGAGGUGGUAAAUCUUGCUGGGACGAAACGUACUAUACACAGGAUGCUUUUCGAUCCCCAGCCAAACUCUUACUUGCCCAAACGUCGCAAUGUCUCUUCGCCCGAUCCUCCCCUGCCUUUGUCAACGCUCCCGAGUCCCUCAUCUUCUGCGUCGCCUUCGAUUCUAGCAACAAGCCCGGAGGUGGUGGAAUGCACAGCUACAAGGAGAGUAGAUUGUAUUCAUCUGAAGAUUGGUACGAGAAUAAGAGAUUUGUUGAUCUAGGUAUAGGGAAAAGAGCUCGGGGAGUGGUCGGUUUAGGGGUAGUAUCGAAAUUCAUGGUAGCAGCGUUGAAGGUAUCUGAGGGAGAAGGAGCAAAGAGAGCAGGCGGAGAUCCAAUCGAAGGCACCUACUUCGUUGAAGCGUUACCAGAUACCAACCGAAACGACUACGGUAUCGUAGAUUUCGAGCAGCUGGAAUCUUGCUCCCUUCACGUACACUCCGUUACUACCCCUCAUAACAUCGGUCGAGUCUUCUCAUCCACCGCUCCCGGUUACGUCAUGGCUGUUGGUUCUGUCGGCGAUAGCCUGCUUCCAUACGAAGACUGUGAUACCUUCCUGUCCACUGACGCCGGUCUCACUUGGAAAAUGGUUCAAGAAGGUGCUCACAAGUACGAGUUCGGAGAUCAGGGGAGUGUACUGGUCAUCGUCGAUGACGAGGAACCGACCGAUAAUGUCAAAUACUCUUACGAUGGCGGUGCUACUUGGUCCCAACUCGACCUUGGUGUCACCGUUCGAGGUCUGAUUCUCACCACCAUUCCUGACUCCACAUCCCAGAAGUUCUUACUCAUCGGUACUCUCCCUCGUCGAGACUCCGGCAAAGGCGGUCGACAUGCCCUCAUCUUCCUCGAUUUUGCUCCAGUUCAGACUCGGCAAUGCACCGAUUCCGACUUUGAAAGAUGGUAUGCUCGAAGCGAAGAAGGCAAGGAAUGUCUUAUGGGUCAUAAGCAAUGGUAUCAAAGGCGAAAGCUCGAUGCCCAAUGUUACGUUGGUCACAAGUUCGAAGAUCCUAUCGGUCAUGAGGAAAAUUGUGCUUGUACCGAUGACGAUUACGAGUGCGACUUCAACUACGUCCGUCAAGAUGGUGAAUGCGUCCCGGUCGGUCCUGAACCUGUCCCUGCUGGUACUUGCAACAAGGCAGAUGAUCAGUAUUUAGGCUCAUCUGGGUACCGAAAGAUUCCCGGUAACACUUGCGAGAAUCGAUCCGACAAAGCUAAGGACAGCCCUAUCAUGAAGGAUUGUUCCGCUGCCAGACCCAAGGAAGGGAAAGUUUCUCAUGUCACCCAUGAAUUCGGCUCGGUCAUUACUCAACACCAGUAUUUCCCUGGAUCCCAAUCGGUACUUCUUCAACUCAGUGAUGGUACAGUCUGGCAAUCGAGCAACGAAGGUUUCUCUUGGAAGCAACUUUACGAGAAAGAGGCUUUCCUGGGCAUAACCAUGCACUCGUUUGCGAACGAACGAGCGUACCUUCUCACUGACUCCAAGCGUAUAUACCAUACCACCGACUAUGGACGCUCUUGGAAUGUCAUAACUGCGCCUGAAGUACCCAACAAUCUGGGCAUACCAAUCCUCGACUUCCACCCGACCAAGUCCGACUGGCUCAUUUAUACCGGUGCGAUCAAUUGUGCUGAUACACUAUCGACCAAUUGUCGAGCUGUAUCAUACUACUCCACUGACCAUGGACGACGAUGGAAGAAGAUCGAGGAAUACGUGCGUAAUUGCGCUUGGGCUAGAGAUGCUAGACUCAAGAUCGAUGAAAGAGAGAUCAUCUGUGAAUCUUACAAGAACAAGAAGGGCUCGCAAUUAGGCGGAGAUUACAAUCCCCUUGAACUGAUCGCUGGUGCGAAUUACUAUUCCAAGAAGAUCAAGCUCUUUGACGCGGUAGUUGGUUUUGCUAGUUUUUCGGAAUAUCUCUUGGUUGCUCAGCUCAACGAGAUGGCCGGCACGCUAUCCCUCCAGGUCUCACUCGACGGUUACCACUUCUCAGAAGGCCAAUUCCCUCCUUCCAUGAAGAUCGAGAAUCGAGCAUAUACUAUCCUCGAGAGUAACACCGAUUCGGUAUUCUUACAUGUCACUAUGAACUCGGACACCAGUAAAGAAUGGGGUAGCAUCUUCAAGUCCAACUCCAACGGUACUUACUACAAUCUCGCUGUCGAAUACGUCAAUCGAAACACCGCUGGCUAUGUUGACUUUGAGAAGAUGUCGGGUCUGGACGGAAUUGCCGUGAUUAAUAUCGUUGCCAAUCCCAAAGAAGCAGAUAUUUCCGGGAAGAAGAAGCUGCAAAGUCGAAUUACGCAUAAUGAUGGAGGUACAUGGAAACCUAUGAACCCUCCACCCAAAGAUUCGCUAGGUCAAGAGUAUGAUUGUACAUCCACAUCCUGCUCAUUGCAAAUACACGGCUACACCGAGAGGCGAGAUCCCAAAGCCACGUACAGUAGUCCUUCAGCUGUCGGCUUGAUGCUUGCUGUUGGCAACGUUGGGGAAGAACUUGCUCCAUAUACCGACUCGGAUGUCUUCUUGACUCGAGAUGGUGGUUUCACUUGGGAAGAAGUACACAAAGAUGCUCAUAUAUGGGAGUUUGGUGAUUCUGGUUCUAUCCUAGUUCUAGUCAAUGACGAAGAGGCCACCGAUCACAUAUUGUACACCACCGACGAAGGACUGACGUGGCAAGAAUACGCUUUUGGUCAAACCCUUAGAAUCAAGAGUAUUCAAACAGUUCCAGAUGAUACCAGUCGGCGAUUCCUGCUUAUCGGUAACGUGCCUGGACAAGGCGAAAAAUCGAUCCUUGUCCACCUCGACUUUUCCGCCAUUACGAACAUCAAAUGCGAGCUUAGUAUCGAGGAUCCCAAUCAUGAUGAUUUCCAACUCUGGUCACCAAGUGAAGGUAGAGAAGAAAACUGCUUAUUUGGAAGACAGACCAUGUAUCACCGAAGGAUCAGGGAUAGAAACUGUUACAUCGGUCAAAGGGUGGAUCAACCUAAGACUAUCGUCAGGAAUUGCACCUGCACUCCAGCAGAUUUCGAAUGCGAGUUCAACUACCGACGAGAUGCCAGCGGGAAUUGUGUUCUCGUCGAAGGCGCUUCACCGCUGUCUAUCGAUACUGAAUACGAACAAUGUGAUGGAACGACCGAUUAUUGGUACGAGAGGACCGAAUACCGAAAGAUACCUUACUCAUCUUGCGAAGGUGGUGAGAGACCGGACAGAGGCAAACGACAUGAAUGUCCUGGUUUGAUACUCCGAGGUGGGCUUGGUGGAUUAUUCUGGGGCUCGAUAGCCAUGAUUCCAUUUGCAUUCGCCGGUUUGGCCGGCUGGUACUACUGGACCAAAGGGAGUCGACCGGGGGCUAUUCGUCUCGGCGAACAUCGUGCAUUUGGAGACGAUUCACCUGCAGCUGGUGUAUUGUCUAUCAUCGCUUCCGUACCCAUCUUCCUCAUUGCUCUAGGACAAGAAGGCUGGGCAUGGGUGACGCGGAAAGUUCCAUUCCUCGAUGAUCUCUUCGCCAGCAGGACACCGUAUAGGAGUGUGCCGAUUGAUGAUGACGCUGAAAUAUUAGGUAAUUAUGAAGAUGAUUAG